AUGCGCGGAAACAGAAGCCACGUGCACGAGCAUGGCUCGAUAACCGUGUCUCACUACAGUUUCUUUAGCGGCCAGCCAAAAUGGUUUCAACUCAAAAACACAUCUAAAUUAUGGUUUUUGCGUAACGUUCCUGCAGUGGCCAUCCCACCUAUAGAGAGUGCCUUCCAAAAGUGGGCUUCGGUCUCUAGUUUCUCUUUCUCACGUGGCCGGAGAUACUUCGAUCUGAUCAUAGGCUUUCAGUGGCGAGACCAUGGAGAUGGAUACCCGUUCGAUGGCCCACAUGGAGUCCUAGCGCAUGCGUUCCCCCCAACGGAUGGGAGGCUACAUCUGGACGGAGACGAGCUGUGGUCAAUCGGUGCAGUUCCCGACGCAAUCGACUUGGAGUCCGUUGCUCUACAUGAAAUAGGGCAUCUGCUUGGACUUGAUCAUAGCGACAAUCAAGAGUCAAUCAUGUAUCCUAGCAUCUCCUCAGGUGUGGUGAAGAAUAAUCUGAAUGAUGAUGAUAUUAAAGGGAUUAGGGCUUUGUAUAAUUAA